GAUGACGUCAAAUCCGUGCGACGGCACCUCACGUUGAGGUUUUCAAUGAAUUCCUGGUGCGCUAUUGUUUUCACCUAAUAUUUGUGUAAGGAACUACUUCCCUGUAAAACAUCAUCGACAUGAACAGCCGGUUGCAAGAAAUACGCGAGAGACAGAAGCUCAGGAGGCAGCUUCUUGCACAACAGCUCGGCGCAGACAGUCCCGACAGCAUCGGCGCUGUUCUCAACAGUAAAGAUGAACAAAAAGAGAUCGAAGAGACCAGAGAGACGUGCAGAGCAUCGUUUGACACAUCUGUUCCUGGUGCUAAAAGAAAGUGUCUCAUUGAUGGUGAAGACUCAGAGGAGGAUGUGGAGGAGCAGAAGGAAGACGUUGAGCCCCAGCAGCAGGAGGAGAGUGGACCGUAUGAAGAGGUGUACAAAGACUCCAGCACCUUCCUAAAGGGCACUCAGAGUUUAAAUCCUCACAAUGAUUACUGCCAACACUUUGUGGACACAGGUCAUAGACCGCAGAACUUUAUCAGAGAUGGAGGUCUGGCUGACAGAUUUGAGGAGUACCCAAAACAAAGAGAGCUCAUUCGACUGAAGGAUGAGCUCAUCGCUGCCACCAACACCCCACCCAUGUAUCUGCAGGCCGAUCCAGACACGUUUGAUCUGAGAGAACUGAAGUGUAAGUUUGAUGUGAUUCUGAUAGAGCCUCCACUGGAGGAGUAUUACAGAGAGUCGGGCAUCAUUGCCAACGAGCGCUUCUGGACCUGGGACGAUAUCAUGAAGUUGAACAUAGAGGAAAUCUCAUCUAUUCGCUCUUUUGUAUUCCUGUGGUGUGGUUCAGGAGAAGGCCUUGAUCUCGGCCGAAUGUGUCUGAGAAAGUGGGGCUUCAGGCGAUGUGAAGACAUUUGUUGGAUCAAGACCAACAAAAACAAUCCUGGCAAGACUAAAACGCUGGACCCUAAGGCAGUGUUCCAGAGAACUAAGGAGCACUGUUUAAUGGGUAUCAAAGGCACAGUUAGACGCAGCACAGAUGGAGAUUUCAUUCACGCUAAUGUGGAUAUAGACCUGAUCAUUACAGAGGAGCCGGAGAUGGGCAACAUUGAGAAGCCAGUGGAGAUUUUCCACAUCAUUGAACAUUUCUGCUUGGGCCGUCGACGACUGCACCUGUUUGGCAGGGACAGCACUAUCAGGCCAGGUUGGCUGACUGUGGGCCCCACGCUGACCAAUAGCAACUUUAAUGUAGAAGCUUACGCCGCCCACUUCAGUGAACCCAACUCUUACUUGUCUGGUUGUACUGAAGAAAUCGAGAGACUCCGUCCCAAAUCCCCCCCUCCUAAAUCCAUGGCGGAGAGAGGUGGGGGUGCGCCACGUGGAGGACGAGGUGGUCCUGCUGUGGGAAGAGGAGAUCGGGGUCGGGAGAGAAAUCGUCCAAACUUCCGUGGAGAUCGAGGUGGAUUCAGAGGCCGUGGAGGCCCACAUCGUGGAUUCCCUCCCCGGUGAUGCUGCACAACAUGGCGACUUUGAGACUGAAAGCAGGAAACGUGAUGUGUCUGUUAGUUUCGUACCCGUUGUUGCUCUCAGUAGGAAUCAUUAGUUUUGUUAGUUUAAGAGCGGGAACACUUUUUUGGGCCAUACAGACUUAAAUCUGAAUUACUUGUUGCAAUGCAAAACAAUUACGAGUCACAUGCGAAAUAUUUGUAAAAAUUUUAAUCACUCAAUUUAACCUUGUUUUUUUAUAUAAAUAUUUGUAAUAAUUA